ACGAAACGACCAACUGGUGCUUCCACACGUCACACCGGAUCCAUACUUUCUUUCACACCACCUGGUCCCUGGAAGAGCCCACCGGCACCGGCGGCUUGGGUUGGUGAUGUUACAAACCGGGUUACAAACUUAGGAUCCAGUGGGUCAAUGCUAAAUUCUUUGAAUAUAGAAUGGAAUGAAUUUGUAGUCACCACAACCACCAACAGCUUGUGAAAAUAUUGAUAAUGGCCGCAGCAAGAACCAAAUGCACAUCUAUCAAAUGGGAAUCACUCCCUCCGAUGCCAACCAAGAGGACAUUUUCAUCAGCCACCAUUGUCAAUAAUCAACUCUAUGUCAUUGGUGGAUGUGAUAAAGAUGGAAAACCGUUGGACACCGUAGAGUCCCUGAAUCUCACCAAAAAGAAAAAAUGGCAACGCUUGCUAAAUCUCUCUUGCAGUAGGGCGCAGCCUGCCGUAGUUACGGUCGGAAACAAAAUCAUUGUGAUUGGCGGAGUGUCUGCAGACCAGAGCCCUCUUGAUAAUGUGGAUGCUUACGAUGUUGAGAAGAAAACAUGGACAGCGCUAAAGUCACUUGAAGAAAAAUUAAUGGGAGUGGUAACAUGUGUACAUAAUAAUAAUGUAAUAGUGAUUGGAGGAAUGAAAUUGAACACUGAACCGAGUGAGAAGUGUCGUGUAUAUGAUAUUGACAAGAAUCUUUGGUUGACACUACCUGACAUGCCGACUGCACGGUAUGCUGCGUUUGCUCACCUAAAAGGCGAUAAACUUUAUGUGUUUGGCGGUAGACAAGGCAAAUCAGCAUGCACCGUUGUGGAAAUGCUGGACCUAGCAGAAAAACCGACUCCAAAAUGGGUCAAACUUGCGGAUAUUCCACAUGCCAGAGUAUUCCCGUCGUACACUGUCACAGAAACACAUAUAUAUUCUUAUGGUGGGCUUCAACAACAACCAAAGGAGUUUGUUGACACAUUUGAGGCUUACGAUAUUGAAAAAGGUGAAUGGAGUACGUUGGAGAAUAUGCCAAGUAAACAUGGUGACUUCGCUGGAGGUGUGGUAGGUGGCAUGGUCAUUGCAUCUGGAGGAUUAGGACCACAACAGAAACCCUUCCAGGAUACUAGUGUGUUUAAUCCAUCAUCGGGUGCCUGGGAAAUUGGACCAGAAUGCCCAGCAGGACGCAGUUCAGCUACCACUCUAAUGCAUGAUGGCAAGCUUUAUGUUAUAGGAGGCUUCUCACCUACUGGCCUUACAGCUGAAAUAUUCAUUUUAAAACCAGCGUAAUCUUUGUCAGAAAUUACAGAAAAUUUGUGGAAUGCAGAGAAGGGGGAGGAGGCAACUGGUACUGCUGCUUGUGUAUUAACAUGGACCAUUUUUUUUGUCUAAUUAAUACAUGAAAAUGAACUGAAAGAUAUUUUAUUGCCAGAGACAAACCAUGUAUAAUCUGAUUCGUAAUUAUACUUAUGGUAUACAAGAGCAGCCUGUCUCAGUUGGCACUACUGGUGGUAGGCAUUGUGUAUGCGCUGAACCAUGGAGAUUUUAAGUAACCUUGUCCCAUAUUCAAUUCCCAUCGGUUUCUUGUGUUCUGCUGGAGGGCUGAAAUUUUCAAUAGUGCGCUGUCUUUUGGAUGAGACCGUUGGUGCGGCGUGCCGUACGGCCCAUGUGCAUGUUAAAUCGCUCAAUCUACUUUUUGGAAAAAAGAGUAGGGGAUUGACUCUGGUGUACCACCAACAACACC